CCUGCACCGUGCGUGUAAAGCGGCAGAGGGAUGACGAGAACGACCUAUUUGCUUUCAUCACGGUUUUCCUUCAUUUGAUUUUGUCUUUGGGUACGGGUGCUUCAAGCGAUGGGGUUGUACUGCGCCUUAAUAAUACUGGCGCUAGCUUUGUUUGCUGUGCUUGUCACCUCUUACCAGACCCAUCAAUUGAACCAGGACCACAGGCGACUAUAUGUUCCCCAACUGAACCGGUUUAAACGAGGUGUACCAAGACGUGAUCACUGCGUGUUUGCGUUUAACAAAACGAAGAUUCCAAAGCAGCUUAAUACAGUCUUCACAGACCCUAGAACACCGUGUAUUAAAUGGAAGUGUUACCGGUCAGGAAGAAUAGGACUACUCAGGUAUAAGAGUGGUUGUCCGUUUGAGGGUCGUUGCAUCAUCUGGAACCCCUGGCAUCCAGAAGUUGAGAAGACAGGGAUUCCGUGUGACGAGAGGGUUUGCCGCAUCCACUGGGCGAGAGGUGUCCUUCAGUAUGGCAUGAUCUCGCCAAUAAAGAAAGCUCACUGCCACUACGACGGCACGUGUUACGCUUAUGGCGACGUGGUCCACUUCCCUGAAAACUGCACGACAGCUGUAUGUGACGUCAUCCCAAGGUACAGGCGAUGGAUGCGGAGACCCCUGUGGAAACCAACUGAUGCUGGGUGUGUGAUAGGAGACAAGUGCUACGAGAACGGCACGGCGCUAACGUUUGGCGUUUGUCUUCAACACACAUGUAAAGCCAGUGUCAAGAUCUCUCAGGGCAUGAAGAACAAGGUGUUUGAAUUCCGAUUCCAUGCUGUUGCUGAACUGGACCCAAUAAUUGAAGGUUGUGUCAAACAUACAGGCGGCUGCGUCAAUGUGAACGCUAGCUACCAGGCCUCGGAGUGUGUAUACCUCAAGUGUGUGCAGUCAAACAGCAAGUUUACACUGCAGGUGGACAAAGAAGGUUGCCUUCAUGACAGUGGUUGCAUCGACGUGGGCGCUGGCUACGGAGAACGCUGUAACACACAUACAUGCGAGAAGAAGAGGGAUGGAAACUCUAUAACCUACUACUUUGUAACAAGGAGAGCUAACGGAUGUCCAAACCAUUUUGACCCCCGAGAUACAAAGUGUUACAAGCAGGGGGAGAUAAUCACGUCGACAGACGCCUACGGGAGGACACAAGGCUGCCCUGGAGCAGUGGAGUGGAAGUGCAGCCAAGUCACUAAAACCGUUGAACCGAAAUGUAAAGAGUAACCCGCGUACUCGUGUGUCGACAGUACCACUAACACAGACAACACUGACGAUCUUGGAUGUAACACUGUUUCAUAGAACAUAAUUUUUAUAUUUCCCAUAUACUAACAUGGUUUCAGACCAUGGUAUAGAUAGACAUUAUGGGACGGAAAAUAAAUUGGAAACUUAAUACUCUUAGGCGAAGUCAGACAGAAUGUGCCGCUGCCUUAAUUUAUACCCCGAUAUCAUACGUCAUAGAGUGUUGUUCUCACUUAAAGCACACAUCCAAUGUUUGUUGUACAAAGUGACAAUGUGUCAUGGUUACUUUUCUUUCUACAUAUGUACCUGGUUAUUCACAGGUAAAUUGGCAGAAUUGUUAUGUAUAGGCAGCAUAUGACACUAAUACUAUGUUGAACGCUGAUACGAAGCGAUUGAUAACUAAAAACGAAGGCUUAACGGAGGAUGCUAACAUUUAAAGAGGAUAUGGUUGAUACCUACUAAACGUCUUUGCAAAAAGGAAUAUUUUGUAUUUUAAUGGAGAAAACACUCAAAUCUGUUGAUUUCGGAAGUAGAAAUAACGAGCCUCGGGAAUCAACAGAUUUGAGUGAUUUCGCCGGCUUAAACCAGGUGAUUUAAUAAAUAAUUUCUCCUAUAUUUUUCAUAAUGACAGUUACGUAUGGGUUACCUGAUAUAAUGCACGUUCAUAAUGGCCAGUGAAUUCCUGGAUCAGAAGGGCAAUAAUGGUUUAAUCACGGCAACAUAAGCCCCACUGUAUACGGGAAUGUGUUAAUGUGGCGAUCGCUGUCAGCUAAAUAAAGCAAGUGUUCCGCA